AUGGAUCCUGAAAUACAGAAAAUGAGGGAAGUUGUCCUUGUCUACCUUGACAGAAGUGGUGGCCUUCAGAAAUUUGUGCAUGAUUGCAAAAAAUAUAAUGACUCAAACCAAAGUUAUGCUGUUUAUCGUUUCAUUAUUUCAAUUAAUCCUUCUGACAUUGCUGAAUUGGAUGCAACUCUUGGAAACUAUAUUCUUCAUAAUCCCCUACAAGCUGCACAGAUUUUUCAGUCAGUAUGCUUCGUAGCUAUUAAGACAUUAUCAUUAAUUGAACAGUUGCAGACAGAAGCCCAGAUCAGUAUAUUGCUGAAACCAACCCAUUUGCCACCUUUACCAAGUUAUGUUCUGAGUCUUUCUGAAUAUCCCUUUAAUUACACAUCUCAGAGAUUUUAUAUGUCUGAAGGGAUAGUGAUUGCAAUGGGAACUGUAACAAAAUACACACAAGGAGCAAGAUUUCUUUGUACUGAGGAAACCUGUCCAUUCUCUGAAGGGUUUAGGUGCAUCAGAGUGCAUUGUCCUGGAGCUACAGAGUCUGCUACAGUGAGGACUGAUUUUGUGUGUAGCUUGUGUUCUUCACCACUGCAGGAAGACAUGAAAUUUAGAGUACUUGGUGAUAAACAAAUAGUUGAAAUGAUUGAUGCUAAAAUUCUGAAUGCUUUGAAAGGAUAUUCCAUUGAUAAAUCACAUUUUAGGAUUCAGGCAUUUACAUUGUUCUUGAGAGAUGAACUGGCCAAUAAAAUGACAAUAGGAAACCACUACAGGAUUAUAGGAAUUCCAGCUUGUGUACAAAAUGGCCUACAAAUGACUGCAUGUAUAGAAGUCAAUAGUGUACAGCUCUAUAAACCAAAUGGUCCUUCUUUUGUUAGUGAGAAUUUAAAGUAUCUGCUCUCACUGACUUCAAGUUCAUGCUGGAGGUUUAGUGCUGUCCUGGCCAACAUCUUUGCUUCUCAAGUUGUUCCACCAGGCACUUACAAUACUCUUAAACUUGCAAUAUUGCUGAGUCUAGUACAGACAUGUGAAAAAGAAAAUGCAGAUUAUCUGGAUCUCUUGAUUAUGACAAGUGACCCACUGGUAAUUGACAGGCUUCUGAAUUACAGCUUAUGUCUUCUGCCCCGUGGCAUACGACACCCACCGUCCAGUGACAUUUUUCCUUGUGUGUCCAAAGAUAAACACGGAACUGGAAGUGCCAGUAUUCAAGCCUGCAGCGCUGUACUGGCCAAGGGUGGCAUCUGUUACAUAGGAGACUUAAGUUCAUAUAAAAAGGAUAAACUUGAACUUCUUCAGUCUGUGCUAGAGAGCAGAACAACAACAGUAUUUAUUCCUGGGAAGAAGUAUGGAGAAGAGGCUGACCAACAAGUCACUGUUUCAGUUCAGACCAACUUUUGGUCCUUUGUAGAUGUGGACUCUUCCUCAAAGAAACAUAUACAAAAGGAGAACUUUCUAAUAGGACAGAUGGAUGUGAGUUUGAUUCCAGUUAACCUUGUAGAUGGUUUUGGGCUCUUGAUCUACAAUGAGUUUCCUUCAAGCCGCCUGUCUUCUCCUGUUGUACAUCAUACCUUGAAAAAAGCCAUUAAUCCUGAAGCCAUGCUGUACAAAGUUUCACAGCAAUUCAGAAUGCAGGACUAUGAGGAGUUUAUUUUGUUUGCUAGGAAUCUUCACGUUGAACUGAGUUCAGAAGCAGAAAGUCUCAUUCAGGGUUAUUAUCUUGCAAGUCGCCGGGUGAGAAUAGAUUCCAUUCAUGGAUCAACAUUAUCAGCCUCUGCACUAAAAAUUCUGAUUUCACUGGCUAAGGCUCAUGCCAAGCUCAGUUUAAGACAGAGAGUACUUGAGGAAGAUGCAGUGAUUGCCAUCUUGUUGCUUGAGUCAUCGCUGACCCUAAAACAUGGCACAUCUGCACUAUGUGUAGCACCAAAUCCUGUAUUUCCAUUUGACCUCAGUGAUGAAAACUCCCUGCAACAGAGAGAUAUUUACCUCAUGCAGUGUCACCAUCAACUGCUGAAGUUUAUUGCUGCCUAUAGCCCAGGAAUUCACAUUAACACUAAUGAAGAGUAAAAACUCUAAGUAAAGCCUGAGGUUUUGGCUUUUUGAGAGGCUACAGUUAGAAAUCCAAAAUUACUAAAAACAGAAGACAGUUCAGUGAUGUUUUACCAAGGAAUAAAGCAUAGCUGACAGGACUUGAAUUACAAGUUUGAGUUAUUUGAAAGCAGGAAGGAUGUCUUCAUCCUGGAAAGCCAUGGCUUCAGAACAGUCCCAACCAGAACUUCUCUUCCUAGCUACCACUCUCCAUUCACAGCUAAGCAAGGAGUGAUUUAGGAUUGAGGAUUUUUAAUGAGACGACAACUAGAAAUUAAACCAUCAGUUCAGAAUCUAAUGUUUCAUUUCAGCAGUUUUUCUUGCUUCCUUUCAAAUGUAUCACCCACCCAAAGGGUUAAGGACUUUUAAGAACAUUAAACCCCUUAUUUUCAUAGUUUAAGCCCACAGUCUUUACUUGCUCAUGUUGUAUAGAUUUUGAAAUGUAUAAAAGUAUUAUCAUACUACUUCAUGUUCAGUGUCUUUUUACACUAAAGCAAUACAAGAUCAGACAAGGAUGCCAGAUGCUCCUGCAGCCAAAACCCAAACAAAACAAAAAAGCCUACAAAACAAACCAACCAGAAAAGAAACCCACUAAACCCCCACAAUCCGCAAAACCCAGUGUUUCCACACUCUUUUAUAUAGACUGCAGGGAAUAGUAGAGUGCUACAGUUAGGUAAAAGUAUUAGACAACCUGGUAGGCAGGUAGCUCAAUGAGUUCACCUCUACCUCUCUGUAAAAGCAAAUGAAGAACAUGUGGUAGGAGAUUAAGUUGUUUGGAGCACCCUAUGGUUCCCCAGCUAGGGGCUUUCCUGUGUUUUAUCUUCCAAGUAAGGAUAUAGCACUAGGCAUAAUCCUCAGCAAGCCUUGCAUUCAUGAGAUACAUCUUAAAUAAAAAACCUGCAGUAAAAUUGUCCAGACUUCUGUCAAAUCUGGACAAGCUGAAUUAUUAAGGCUUGUGUUACUCCUAUCCAGGAUGUCAUCCAGCAGGAUCAGAGUGCUAUUGCUCCCAUAGCCUCAACAAAAAAAAAAGUUACUGAAAACAGAAAUCCAAGAUUUUAUUCAUACCCACUAUUAACACUGUAAAGACAUUUAGACAGCAAAAAUUUUCCCACAUUUUAAUCUUUGCCUUAUUUACUUUUGAUCCAUUUAUUUGAUACACUCAAAAAUUGAUACUAAGUUCUCAGACUGUUCAGAAAGCCCCUGCUCUUUCUAGAGUGACACUCUACCCUGAAUUUCAUUUCAGGAUUAUUCGUUUUCAGUGAACAGCUACUACCCACCGUACUA